AGGAGCUAAGAGGGAUGGAGAAGCUUUGGUCCAUUCCAGGAGCCCAGCCACCCUGACUCUAGCUAAGGGACCUAUGGGCUGGGGGUACUGGGUGUGGCCGGCAGAUAGUGAUUUCUUCCUCCCGCUACUCUUUCCUCCCAAGGAACAGCAUUGUACACCCUAAACCCUGCCCACUUCCUCAUUUGGGGGCAGAGGACAGAGGAGUUCUCCCUUCCCCCAGUCUCCCAGGACACAUUUAUCCCUACCAGAACCUGCCUUCUGAGGGCCUCUGGGUCAUUCAAAAGGUCUCAGGAUCUCAGGGAAGCCUCAGCAUCAAGAUACUGCCAGGACCUGGUAGUUGGCUCCUGGACCCAAUCACUAUGGAGCAACCUCUUUUAGGAAGUGAGACACCAGACUAUGAGACCUUCCCGGAAAGGCCAGACCCGCAGCAAGAACAGAAUUAUAUCAGAACCCUGAAGAAUAAGCGCUUGUUCCUGGCUACCUUCGCAGCAGUACUGGGAAAUUUCAGCUUUGGCUAUGCCCUAGUCUACACAUCCCCAGUCAUUCCAGCUCUUGAGAGAUCCCCCAAUCCAGCUUUACGAAUGAACAAGACGGAGUCAUCCUGGUUUGGUUCUGUAUUCACCUUGGGAGCAGCUGCUGGAGGCCUCAGUGCCAUGGUGCUCAACGAUCUCCUGGGCAGGAAGCUCAGCAUCAUGUUCUCCGCUGUGCCCUCAGUUAUUGGCUACGCCCUCAUGGCUGGAGCUCAGGGGCUGUGGAUGCUCUUGCUGGGGAGGAUUCUGACCGGCUUCGCAGGAGGGCUCACCGCUGCUUGUAUCCCAGUUUAUGUGUCUGAGAUCUCUCACCCUGGAGUUCGAGGGGCACUGGGGGCCACACCUCAGAUCAUGGCUGUCUUUGGGUCCCUCUUGCUCUAUGCUCUGGGCUUGAAGAUACCCUGGCGCUGGCUGGCGGUGGCUGGAGAGGUGCCAGUAUUUGUCAUGAUGGUACUUCUGUGCUUUAUGCCCAACUCCCCUCGCUUCCUCCUCUCCCAGGGCAAGGAGGAGGAAGCCCUGAAAGCCCUGGCCUGGCUCCGAGGGAGGGACACAGACUUCCAAAGGGAAUUCCAGCAGAUCCAGAACAGUGUCCGGCGGCAGCCGACUGUCGUGGGCCGAGCUGCGGGACCCUUUCAUCUACAAGCCCAUCGCCAUCGCUGUUCUGAUGAGAUUCCUGCAGCAGCUAACAGGCGUCACGCCCAUUCUGGUCUACCUGCAAUCCAUCUUCCACAGCACGGCUGUGCUGCUGCCCCCAGAAGAAGACGCAGCCAUCGUGGGGGCCAUGAGGCUCGUGUCUGUGCUAAUCGCAGCCGGCACCAUGGACAGAGCAGGGCGCAAGAUUCUUCUCUUUGUCUCAGGUACGCCCGCUCUGCCCCCUGCCCUCUGCCCGGAGAGGGUUUGGGUGCCCCUCCCUCCCACCUCCUCCCUGGCCUUGAGCCCUCCUCGCCUUCUCGGUUCACAGCGUCCAUCAUGUUUGUGGCAAACCUGGCCCUGGGGCUCUACAUCCACUUGAGUCCGCAGAGACCAGCCCCCAACGCUACGGUGGCCCUGAGCAGUGUGGCCCCUGAGGGCUCCGAGUCCGGGAGCUACCUCAUGCUGGUGCCCCUCUUUGCCACCAUGCUCUUCAUCAUGGGCUAUGCCAUGGGCUGGGGCCCCAUCACGUGGCUCCUUAUGUCCGAGAUCCUCCCACUGAAGGCCAGAGGUGUAGCCUCGGGGCUCUGUGUGCUGGUCAGCUGGCUCACAGCCUUCGCGCUCACCAAGUCCUUCUUGCUGGUGGAGAACGCUUUUGGUCUUCAAGUCCCAUUUUACUUCUUUGCGGCUGUCUGCCUAAUCAAUCUGGUCUUCACAGGCUGUUGUGUGCCAGAAACCAGGCGCCGGUCCUUGGAACAAAUUGAAUCAUUCUUCAGGACAGGAAGAAGAUCCUUCCUGAGAUAGGAAGGUGCUUCGACCUCCCUGGCCAAGAAGAGAAAUCAGACUUUGGAGGAUUGGGGAGGACUGCCUCCCCUUAGAGGCAGGGAUCAGGAAGUGACAGCAGCGCCAGGUGGAAUUGGGAAGAACUGAAACUACAUUCUGACCAAGAAAUGGUUCCCAGCUCUAAAUCUCCAGAUUCCUGGUCUCAGCAUUCUGCUGAGGAGAUUUGAAUAUAGUCCCCCGCCUCCACCUAGAACCUCUACAACCUACACUGCCCCUAGACUUCUAGAUUCCAUGGACCAAGGAAAAGAUCAGAGACGAGGAGUUAAUUCUGAUUAAUCAAUCGAGAUCAAAGAAUCAAGAUCCAAGGGAGCACUGAACAAGAAGCAAGAAAAGGCAGCUCCUAAUCCUGGCUCUUGUCACCAACCUCUGACACUGUUACCUCCCUCACCUGUUCAAUGGAUAUCAUAAUUCCUACCCCGCCUGCUUCACAACAGUGUGAUUGUGAGGAUCAAACAGAAUGAAUCUACUUUGGAAAGUCGGCAAAAAUAUGAGAAAUCCCUGUUAUGAUUGGCGUAUACCUCUAGGAAAAUACUGUUUCUGGGGACUGAUGAGGCAAGAGCCUCCUCACCAAUUACUGGUCAGUGGAUAUUGCCUGGGACAUUUCUCAAAGAACCAAGAAUCCUGAAGGGACGCAGAACAUGUUCAGUGCCUCACCUACAUGUCCUAAGAACUUAGAGAGGAGCCGGGUUGGGGGGAAAGCUGUGACCUAGCUCUGAGCUUUUCCCCCUCCCCUCACACUGACUUUUCCCCUUAGGGGAGAAGAGUAUGGGAGCUGGGCAGUCCACAGCCUCUUUGGAGAGUGAAAAUACCCUCCUGCUGCUCAGAUUUCACACAAGUUCCUUAAGAAGUCCACAUCUAAAGCCCUUUGUAAAUGAUAUAAUUUAUGCAUUAUUUCGGGGGGGGGGAGGGAGUGGAGGAAAAGGAGAUUAUGUUGUAAUGGGAUUGAGUUGUCCCAAACCAUCCACUUUGACUUGCUCAGCUGCCUCAUGAUUAAUAAACUUUCAAGGUAA